CCUUUUUUGGUUUUUUGUCCGGUUCGAUCCUUCAAGUGAAACCACAUAUGAAACCCUAAUAAAACCCUACCUCCCUUCCAAACCCUAAAAUCAUUUGUAUGUCGGUUUCCCUCAAACCUCACAUCUUCAUCUCUCUCCAAAAUUCUCCAGAUUCGUCUCCAGCACUGAAUCAAAGAUGGUGAAGAGAAGCAAAAAGAGUAAGAGCAAGAGGGUGUCGUUAAAGCAGAAGUACAAGGUCGUAAGGAAAGUGAAAGAGCACCACAAGAAGAAGGCUAAGGAAGCCAAGAAGCUCGGCUUGAAUCGCAAGCCCAAGGUCGAGAAAGACCCCGGUAUUCCCAAUGAUUGGCCCUUCAAGGAACAAGAGCUCAAGGCCCUCGAAGCUCGGCGUGCUCGUGUUCUCGAGGAUUUGGAGCAAAAGAAAGCUGCCCGCAAGGAGAGGGAUUUGUUUCUAAAAUUUGUAUCACCACGCGUUUGCUUGAAGGCUAAAAAGAGAAAGUUGGGUUUACUAGAGGAUGAUGAUGAUAUCUCCAAAUUGGCUGAUAUAGCUUCCGCUAAAGAACAAAAUUUUGGAAAGGGGAAGAAGUCUGAUGUUUCCACUGUAAUUGGUACAAUCAGGGAUAACUCAGAGAGGGCUUUCUACAAGGAGUUGGUUAAAGUCAUUGAAGCAUCAGAUGUCAUUUUGGAAGUGUUAGAUGCUCGAGAUCCACUUGGUACCCGUUGCAUUGAUAUGGAAAGAAUGGUGUUAAAAUCUGGUGUUGACAAGCAUCUUGUAUUGCUUCUUAAUAAAAUUGAUCUAGUACCGCGAGAAGCUGUUGAAAAAUGGCUCAAGUAUCUUAGGGAGGAGUUACCAGCAGUUGCCUUUAAGUGCAGCACCCAGGAGCAAAGGUCAAACUUGGGUUGGAAGUCUGCCUCGAAGGCCAAAAAAACAAGCAAUCUCCUGCAAACUAGUGACUGUCUUGGUGCUGAAACUCUUCUUAAAUUGCUAAAGAAUUACUCAAGAAGCCAUGAGAUCAAGAAGUCAAUCACUGUGGGCAUUAUUGGCCUUCCUAAUGUUGGGAAAAGCAGCUUAAUUAAUAGCUUGAAGAGAUGUCAGGUUGUAAAUGUUGGUGCUACUCCAGGAUUGACAAGAUCAUUGCAAGAAGUACACUUGGACAAGAAUAUCAAAUUGCUGGACUGCCCUGGUGUUGUAAUGCUUAAGUCUGGGGAGAAUGAGGCAUCCGUUGCUCUUCGAAAUUGUAAGAAGAUUGAGAAAUUAGAGGACCCAAUUGGGCCAGUUAAGGAAAUCCUAAAACUCUGCCCGGAGAGAAUGUUGGUAACGUUAUACAAGCUCCCAAGCUUUGACUCAGUCGAUGACUUUUUGCAAAAAGUUGCUACCGUUAGGGGUAAGCUCAAAAAGGGAGGUAUUGUGGAUGUCGAAGCUGCUGCAAGAAUAGUCUUGCAUGACUGGAAUGAAGGUAAAAUCCCAUAUUAUACAAUGCCUCCAACUAGGAAUCAAGAUGAACCGACUGAAGCAAAAAUUGUUUCAGAGCUCGGAAAGGAGUUCAAUAUUGAUGAGGUUUACAGCAACGAGUCCUCAUUUAUUGGGAGCCUUAAAUCUUUUGAUGAUGUGAAACAUGUUGAAGUCCCUCCAAAUUGCCCUCUUACCUUUGAUGAGCAGAUGGUUGAGGCUAAUGUACAGCCAGAACCAUCAACUCAAAGCUACAGUCAGGUCAAUGACACAACUGAUAAUGGUAGCGAUAGCGAUGAGGCCAUGGCUUCUGAAGAAGAAGAUGAUGCACCCAAGGCCAAAACUGGUGGUAGCAGGCAAAAUGAGAAGUUAUAUGCCGAAGAAGGCAUACUCAACACCAAGUUGAAGAGAGCAGAGAAGAAGAGGCGGAAAAAAGCAGAUAAAUCAUCUGCAGAUGGAGAAGCUAUGGAUGGUGAUUACGACUUCAAGGUGGAUUAUGUCAGGACUGGAUCUGCCAGUGGGAAUGGUGAUGCUAGCAAUCAAACAAGAUUUGAGGUACUUGCAUCUGGAGUGGAGCUUGAUGAGCAGGAUUAGGAGAAGAAACUUACAGGCCACAAUAGAAAAUUUGUUUCGUUUUUUUCCUUCUAAAUUUUGCUAUAUUUUAUUGACAUUUUGGGAGCUUUGUGAUUCAUGGUUGAACAAUGGAGUUUUUGUGUAAUUUUUGGCUUUAUUGCUAUACAGUUGCUUCUUUGCUCUGGCCAUC